UUGAGAUUUUUUGUCCGACUGCCGUCUCUUUGCUUCUCUGACUCGGACAAGGCUUCUUCUCCCUCAGGUGCCCGCUAGGGUUUUUGAGUUCGAAUUCGGAUUGUUCUCCAUCUUCCCGCUCCGGGAAGCUCCUCUCUGCCGAUCGGCAUUCGUGCUCGGUGGCUUCACUCUGAUUCUCGCACUCUCGGCUGCAUCUAAUCUGUUGCGCGACUUGGUCUCCCGCCUCUGCAGCCGCUGUUUGUUGUUGCCCAGCUGAAGUGACAGAGGGCGGGGCAGCAGCUUUUUCCUACGUAGGCCUGCUCGAGGACUUCUUGGAUCCUUGCCCCCACUUUGUCUCCGUCCCUGCUGGUGAAUCCGGUUGCGUCCUGUUCUGUGGGUAAUCGUAGGGUGUUUGAGCUGUUACAGAGGGAUCUACGCCUGCCCCCGGAAUGGCCAAUAAUUCUCAGCCUCCUGGUGCACAGCCCCUAUGGCCUCCUCCAGCUGGAUCCCAAAACUUUGGUACCUUACAGAUGCAGUAUCGCCCAAUGGUUCCGAACCAGCAAGGACAGUCAUUUAUUUCGGCAUCUUCCCAGCAGUUUCGACCUGUUGGACCCGGCAUGCCCUCCUCUCAUGUUGGGAUGCCUGGGGCACAAGAUCUACCUCUCCACUUUCCCCAAUCAAUGCAGCCGUUUCCUCCAAGGUCUAAUCAGCCCGGUCAUGCACCUCCUCCUAUGCCGUAUGGUCAUACCAAUCGACCCAUUCCAUCUAGCACUCCAUACCCAUUUGCCCCGUCUAGUUUUGGCCAACCACAGCAUCAUGCCAGUGUCCCGUCUCAGAUUCCACCAAUGCCUCAAAUGCAUGCUCCCAUUGCGGGACAGCUUUGGGGACCCGGGGGAGGUCAGGGUGCUUCACCUGCUAUGCCUCAGCAAGCUGCCCAGCAACCUCCAGCUGCUUCCCCUGCCGCAGCUAGUGUCCCUACUCAGCAAUCAUCCUCUGACUGGCAAGAGCAUGAAGCUGCUAAUGGCAGAAGGUAUUACUACAAUAAGAAAACUAAGCAGUCCAGUUGGGAAAAACCUUUGGAGUUGAUGACACCUAUUGAGAGAGCAGAUGCGUCAACUGUGUGGAAGGAAUUUUCUACUUCAGAUGGAAGGAAAUAUUAUUAUAAUAAGGUUACAAAGCAAUCUGUGUGGUCAAUGCCUGAGGAAAUGAAGCUGGCUCGCGAACAAGCUCUGAAAGCUGAUGGUGGAGUUCUUGAGGAAGCUGUCUCGGGAUCUCAAGGCUCCGCAGCUGGUGUUGCUGCAUCAGUUGAAACGCCCAGUGCUGCUACUAGUUCCAGCCCCAGUGUGCCAUUUUCUGUGGCCGCUUCAAGUCCUAUUCCUGUAACUCCUGCUGUUCCUGUUACUAAUGCAACCACUACUGCUGUAUCUGGUCCAGUGGGUACUCCUGUUGCAACCUCAUCCGUACUGUCAAAUGAUGUUGGAGGUCAGGACACGGUGGUCCCUAAUCAGCCAAUUGCUGCUUCCUCUCAAAAUGUUCAAGACCCUGAAGAUGGUGCUUCAAUUCAGCUUAUUGAGGAAGCAAAAAGAGGAAUGGCAACAGCAGGUAAAGUUAAUGUGACCCCUUUGGAGGAAAAGACUCCAGAUGAUGAACCUGUUACCUACCCCAGUAAGCAGGAGGCAAAGAAUGCUUUCAAGGCACUUCUUGAAUCUUUCAAUGUUCAAUCUGACUGGACUUGGGAGCACGCGAUGAGGGAGAUAAUCAAUGAUAAAAGAUAUGGUGCUCUGAAGACACUUGGUGAGCGGAAACAAGCCUUCAAUGAGUAUUUGGGUCAAAGGAGAAAGUUGGAGGCAGAGGAAAGGCGCGUGAGGCAGAAGAAAGCCCGGGAAGAGUUUACAAAGAUGCUGGAAGAGUGUAAGGAACUUACGUCAUCUAUAAAAUGGAGCAAAGCUGUGAGCAUGUUUGAAAAUGAUGAACGGUUUAAGGCUGUUGAAAAAAAUCGAGACAGGGAGGAUCUUUUCGACAGCUUCAUGGUGGAUCUUGAAAGGAAAGAAAAGGAAAAAGCUGCCGAGGAGCACAGGCAUAACAUUACUGAAUACAGGAAGUACCUGGAAUCGUGCGACUUCAUCAAGGUGAACAGCCAAUGGAGGAAAAUCAUCGAUCGCUUGGAGGAUGAUGAAAGAUACUUACGCCUAGAGAAAAUCGAUCGAUUGCUCAUCUAUCAGGAUUAUAUUCGGGACAUGGAAAAGGAAGAAGAGGAGGGGAAGAAGAUACAAAAGGAACAAACAAGGAGGGCUGAGCGGAAAAACCGGGAUGAGUUUCGUAAGCUAAUGGAAGGACAUGCAUCAGCUGGUAUUCUGACUGCAAAAACCCAUUGGCGGGAUUAUUGUUUGAAGGUCAAAGAUUCAGCAGAAUAUCAAGCUGUUGCAUCAAACACAUCUGGUUCAACCCCCAGAGAAUUGUUUGAGGAUGUUGCUGAAGAACUAGAGGUUAAGUUUUAUGAAGACAAAGUUCGUGUAAAAGAUGCAAUGAAGUCAGGGAAGGUUUCUAUGGUUUCGACAUGGACAUUUGAAGAUUUCAGAGCUGGCGUCCUGGAUAACCUUGGUCACCCUCUGAUAUCAGAGAUCAACUUAGAGCUUGUAUAUAAGGAGUUACUGGAAAGAGCAAAAGAAAAGGAGGAAAAAGAGGCAAAGAAACGCCAACGUAUUGCUGAUGACUUCACUAGACUACUGCAUACAUUUAAGGAAAUAACUUUGUCUUCUACUUGGGAAGAGUGCAAGCCUCUUGUUGAAGAAAGUUAUGAGUUUAAAUCUGUUGGGGAAGAGAGUUCUGCUAAAGAGAUUUUCGAGGAAUACAUAGCACAUUUGCAGGAAAAGGCUAAAGAGAAGGAGCGUAAACGUGAGGAGGAAAAGGUAAGAAAAGAGAAAGAGAGAGAGGAGAAGGAGAAGCGGAAAGAUAAAGAGAGGAAAGAGAGGGACAGAGAACGUGAAAGAGAAAAGGGCAAGGAAAGGAGUAAGAAGGAUGACACAGACAGUGAUACUGCAGAUGCAAAUGAUAGCUAUGGCUAUAAGGAUGACAAAAAAAGGGAAAAGGAGAAGGAGAGGAAACAUAGGAAGCGUCACCAAAGCGCUUCAGAUGAAGUCUACUCUGACAAGGAAGAGAAGGAAUCUAAGAGAUCAAGAAGACAGAGUAGUGAUCGCAAAAAGUCAAGAAAGCAUGCUCACUCUCCUGUAUCAGAUGGUGAAAGCCGGCAUAAGAAGCAUAAACGAGAUCAUAGAGAUAGUUCCCGCAGAAAUGGCGGUUAUGAAGAGCUUGAAGACGGUGAAGUUGGUGAGGAUGGAGAAAUUCAGCAGUCUUAAUGAUGGAACUCGUGAUCUUUUGCUUUUUCUGGUCCUGCUAGCUGUUGUGCCCAGGUCCUAGUUUCAAUUACUUAAUCAUGCACAAGGUUUCGGUUAGCAGAAAUGUCAAGUCAGGAUCAUUGAGGGAUGUAAUAGCGACUAGGGAUGCCUCAUUGAUUAUAUCUGAAGAAAAUGUGGACUGGUCGCAUGAUUGGAUGGCCUGCAUUUUUUGCUUUCUAUGAAAAUGUGUGAAGCUGCUUUCACGCUUUUGGAAUAACAAGGUAGAUGUCACUGUGAAUUUAGAUAAAUUUCGAAAAUUUUGACAUUCGUUGGAUUUGUAUCUUCUUCAUGUGAGGACAUGAAAACUGAGUGUAAAAAGCUUGUGGAGGGAAAUGAUGUCAAGAAGAGGUUCUAUUUUACUUCAA